UCGACACUACGCAUUGCAUAACGAUGACGACGAUCUUGAUUUCACUGAAUACACCAGCUUUGAUUCCCCUUUCCAUGCUCCACACCUUUAGCCCCAUCACAUAACAUACAAUGUUGUUGGUACUUGUAACAGCCUGCUGUGCCUUUUUGAUGCUAACAAAUUCUUCCUCUAGAACCCUUGUGUGAGAAAGUUUCUACAACUUCCUUCUCCCAAUGUCACCUUCGAUUCACGUGGUUUGUCUCACGCCUUUUUUGGGUUUGGGUUUGAUCCAAAAUCUAAUGAUUAUAAGGUGGUCAGGAUUCUCUGCAUACUACUGCGUAGUCCUUCCGAGUUUGGAAAGUGUCGACUGGAGGUUGAUGUUUACUCACUCUCCACAGCUGAAUGGAGAAUGUGUAGUGCUUCUGCUUCCCUGCCUCCUAUAUGGGGUACACUUCGUCGUGAGCGACCGGCAUUUGCCAAUGGGGCGCUGCAUUGGAUUGGUCUCAGAAAUGAUAACGAACAGUUUGUUUUGGUGUUCGAUUUGGGGGACGAGGUCUUCCUCCAAAUUAUGCUGCCGGAACCUCCAAGUUAUACAGGGAGGAUGGUGUGGACUCGUGUUUUCGUGUAUGGAAAUUCCUUUGCUGGGUUUCAAAGGAUGGUAGGGAGUGGUCAGAUCAAUAUAUGGGUGAUGAAAGAGUACGGUGUUGCAUCGUCGUGGACAAAAUUUUCACAUCAAUGUCCAAGUCUGGGAAUGCUCCAACCAUGCCCAGUUGGCUUUAGGAGGAAUGGUGAGGUUGUAUUGGAAAACGACAGAAAUGAUGAGGUUGUAUUGGAAGAUGAUGGAAUUGGUGAGGUUGUAUUGCUAAUUGAUAGAAGAGGGCUCAUCUCGUGGAAUCCAGAUAGCCAAAAUGUUAAGAAUCUUGAAAUUGAUGGAUUUCAUAAGACUUUUUUUGGUUCUUAUGUCGAGAGUCUAGUUUUGCUCGACAAAGCUAACAAAGGUUUAGUUACAUACUGAGGAAUAACAGAAAAUCGGUAGGAUGCUUCUCAUGUUUUUAUUUAUUCUUUUUAUGGUUUUUCAUUUUGUUCUUGAUAUAUACUUGACAUUGAUCAUACUGCGUAUUGAUUACCUUAAAGGCUUUAUCUUCAGAAUAAAUAGCUUAUCAAGGUUGUGGUCAUUCUCUGUUAUAUUGAAAUGAUAGUUUAGUACAUAGCAUGUAUUCUUAAAAUUGUUUGUCCUCAUUUCAAAAUUUCUUUAAUAUAAUCAUUUAUUACUUAUAAAAUAAUGCACUUAUAGUUCU